UCGUGCGUGUGUCUCCACAGUCAAAUCGGGAUAAAGCAACGGCGACGUCAUGGCCUCGCCGGCGACGCCGAGGCCGGCGCUGAUCCGGCCGCGCGCCUCGCGCAGCCGCUCCCAGUUGGGCGCCGUCAGCCUCGCUUCCGACCACGCCGCCGCCACGGGCUCCUCCGGCCACCGCCGCGACUUCGUCUUCGUCGUCAACCCCUCCGGCGCCAAUGGCCGGACGGGCAAGCAGUGGAAGCAGCUGCUCCCCCUCCUCCGCACCCGCCUCGCCGACCAAUGCAACAUUUGCGAGUGCAUCACCUCGGGCCCGUCGCACGCCAUAGAUGUCACGAGGGAGGCUAUAAAGGAUGGCGCUGAUGCUGUGAUCGCCGUUGGCGGGGAUGGGACGCUUCAUGAGGUGGUGAAUGGCUUCUUUUGGAAAGGAAGCCCGGUCCGUGCUCUUGAUCGAGGGCCUGAUCACUUGACGGCACUUGGUCUCAUCCCACUUGGAACCGGCUCAGACUUUGCUAGGACAUUUGGCUGGUCAAAUGAUCCCCGUCAGGCGAUUGAUCGAAUUGUGAGAGCAGGAGUUAAAUCAAAACUAGACAUUGGCAUGAUGGAAGGUCCAAAUGGAGAUCCACAUUUCUUUAUAAAUGUUGCUGAUAUCCAUCUGAGUGCCAAGGCAGGUUAUUUUGCUUCUAUGUACAAGAGAUUUGGCAACUUAUGUUAUGUUCUGGGAGCUCUAAGAGGCUUUUGGGGACAUAGUAAUCGAGAUUUGAGAAUAAAGGUGAAUGGAGGAGAAUGGAGAACAGUUGAUAAAGUCACUGCUCUAUGCGUAGGAAAUGCCAAGUACUUUGGUGGUGGCAUGAAUAUUACUCCAACAGCUGAUCCUUUUAGCGGUGACCUUCAGGUUGUUAUUCUACAAGAUUUCAAGUGGUACACUUUUCUUCUUAAGCUACAUAGGCUGUAUGGAGGCACACAUUUAACGGUGAAUGGCGUGUCAUCAAUAAGGGUUCAAUCAAUUGAAGUGGCAGAAGUGGUGCCUAACGGCAACGUCUUUGUGCAAUCUGACGGGGAGCAUUUUGGUUUUCUUCCGACCAAAUUCUCAGUUCUGCCUGGUGCAGUAGAUUUCUUCAGCUAGACCGCUGUGCUAUUUCUUCCUGUAGGAUUUCGACGAACAGAAGACGCAUGAUCCUUGGCAGACUUGCACUGUCCACCUAGUCAAUUUGUUGUGACAUAGAUCACCACGUUCGUCCUCCUGUUACGCUAGCUUAAGAUGGCACGACAAUCGGGUUGCUCCACUUACUCAUCUUCUGGUCAGGUAGUACGUACAUGAAACAAAGUAGUGCUGCGCGGCAGCACCCACCAUGUAAAUUCUAUGCCUGUACGCACGCAGCAUAGAAUACUCAGUCGUUGGUGUUCAUAGACAAGCUGUAGAAUCACAGCGCAGGGGCCGAACUGGGCAUGAGUGUAAAUUUAACAGUUGUUUCUUCAGUCUUGUAAGUACCGCGUGCAAUAAUACGGCUGCUUGUUGUUCGAACAA